CGCGGGUCACCGAAGCACAAUACACGCUCAAAAUGUCCUCCUUCUUCACAAUUCCGAAGCAGAAGAAGCGCAAACUUCAAGAUGCGACAGAACCUCCCAAGAAACGAAUCGCAUCCAGAAAUCCCACACGAGUAACCAGACCGGCGCCUCGGAAAUCGCAAAGGGACGAGUCUAUCUCUGGUAGCGACGAUGAGAGUGACGGCCCAAGAGACGAUUUGGAAGAUGCUGAUGCCACAAGUGGAAGUUCCGAAGGAGAAGAAGAAGAGACUGCUGCGGAGAGAAGAUUGAGACUUGCAGAGCGAUACCUACAGAACGUCCGUGAAGAGGUGGUAAAUCCAGAAGGCUUUGAUGCUGAAGAAAUCGACCGAGAUCUUAUCGCCGAGCGGUUAAAAGAGGAUGUUGCCGAAAGCAAAGGUCGAAUGUACAGGAAGUUGGCAGAGGAUCUGGAUUUCGAUUCUGCGACGCACAGUUGGUUCAGGUGGAAUUGCGAGAGUGUGACGAGUGUAGCUACAUGUGCGCCUUGGGCAUAUACGGUCUCGAAAGACUUAGGUCUUGCCAAAUGGAAGAUACAGGAACUACCCGAAAAUCAAUGGCUACCAAAGAAUGGAAAGAAGCACAAGAAGGCGACCCCGCCUCCAAAGAGAAAGCCAGAACAAGUCGCAUUCCGGAGGGGAGACAAAUUGAAAGCCAAGGACAACGCAUACGAAGGGCAUGUGGACACAAUUCUCACGGUGGCAGCUUCACAAGAUGGAAAGUUCGUGGUUACAGGAGGCAAAGAUCGCAGAAUUGUUGUCUGGGAGGCAGAGACAUUGAAGCCUUUGCGUGUCUUCAGUCAUCAUCGAGAUGCUGUUACUGGACUUGCUUUUCGAAGAGGCACGAAUCAGAUGUACUCUGCCUCGAAAGAUAGAACAGUCAAGAUCUGGAGUCUAGAUGAGCUAGCAUAUGUGGAGACUCUGUUCGGACACCAGGAUGAAGUCGUGGAUGUAUCUGCCCUGGCACAGGAGCGGUGCAUAAGUGUAGGAGCCAGAGACCGAACGGCACGUUUAUGGAAAGUCGUGGAGGAGACACAACUUGUGUUCCGGGGUGGUGGAGGAGAGAAGAAAAGAAAGCAUGACAAUCCCAGAGUCCAGGAAGGAAGCAUUGACAGAGUGGCAAUGAUUGACGAGGAAACCUUCGUUACAGGUUCAGAUAAUGGAUCGUUAAGUCUCUGGGUUAUACACAAGAAGAAACCAAUAUUCACCCUGCCGCUCAGCCAUGGCGCUGACCCAGCUCUGACGCCCGAAGAAGCAUCCGCUGAGACUCAUCCUGGACCAGAAGUGAUUCCAGAACCACAGCCAAGAUGGAUCACUGCUUUGACGACCAUUCCUUACUCAGAUGUCAUCUUGAGCGGGAGCUGGGAUGGCCAAGUGAGAGCUUGGAAAGUCAGUGACGACAAAAAGAAAAUCGAAGCUGUUGGUGUUCUUGGACCUUCUCGCAUUGUCACGAGUGGAAAUGUCAAUGGCGAUGAACAACAUGGUACUUUUCGAGGUAUUGUCAAUGACAUCUCAGUAUUCGAGCGAGGAGAUAGAGGCAAGGAUGGAGUAUGUGUUGUGGUAGCAGUGGGAAAAGAGCACCGAAUGGGAAGAUGGCAAAAGCAGAAACAAGGCAAAAACGGGGCGGUGGUUUUCGAGAUACCUAGGGCACUAAAGGAGAAGACCAAUGGUGUGGCUAGGCCAAAUGAUGGCGUUGAAUAGCUCAUUGGCGUUGCAUCAUGCAGGCGUUAGUACAGACAUAUUGCAUAGCAUGGCGAAUUUGGUGAUAGUAGUGGUAUAUUUUCCACUCAGUAGAGUCAUGAAUCUCUACAGUACAAAUAC